AUGGCAGCCGCUGCCGAGCCGGCCGCUGCGAGCGACACUCAGUUCUUGCAUGAGCAUGACCAACAGCGGAUCCGGCAGCAGCAGCUGGAGGCGUUGCUGGCAGCCACCAGCUUCCCAGUCGCCCGCCUGCGGCAAAUGCUGCAGCAUCUUGUCGAGGAGCUACGCAUUCCUGCCACUCUGGCCUUUCUUGUCGAUCCGAUCCUGCUUAUCAGCAGCAUCGGCACAUUCGGGGAGCCUCCGUCCAGCUUCAGCCGGAGCGACACAGCUGGGGAUACAAGCGGCAGCAGCAGCAGCAGCAGCAGCAGCAGCAGCACCUGGGUACUGCAGGCACAGCAGUACGAGAUUUAUAAAUUUGAUGUCAGCAGACAAGUCGUCUCUAACUCCACAGUCCUGUAUGCUGACAGCCUGGCAGAGUUUGAGGCACAAGCCAGGCUGCUCUUCAGGCCAGGGCAGUUGAGCUCUCUGUAUAAGCAGCUGGUGACUGAGACAGAGGCCCAGACGGAUGGCGUGCUGGGCCUGCUGCGCAGCAGCUUUGCUGACCUGGCAGUCGUGAGUGACCUGCCGGAGCUUGAGCUGAUACAGGACGACUUGAUGCGGCCUUGCCGUGGCGCCAUGUCGCAGGACGCGGCUGAUGAUGAUGCCAAGGUCGUGCAGUUAAAGCUGCAGUUGUGCCACGAGCUGCGCCUCAUGAUCAACUGCCUGAGCCGGCGGCAGCUGCUGACCAGGGAGGCGCUGUACUGCAUGGUGGUAGACGUGUCGCGGCACGUUGGCGGGGAGGAAGCUGAGCAGGCGCUGUUCAUGCUUCGCUCCGGGGAAAAGGGCGUCCCGGGCGCUGCUGGCGUGCUGGGCUCCAUGGGGUGCAUGCCGCUGCCGUCCUUGGAGCGCUUGCACUGCUUUGUGUGCUGGCUGCUGGGGAUUGGGAUUGGCGGCGUGGAGGAGCUGGGCCCGCAGUACGAGGGCGAACUGCUGUCGUGGGGUGCGAUGGUGGUGCGAAAGGAGGAGGACGAAGCAGCACCAGUCAUCCGCGUUCUGGCCGGCUUGGUGCAGCGGCAGGACCUGGUGAGCACCACAUGA